GGGACUGGCCCACCCUUCAGACCGUCUGCGCCGGGCUAGGGGGUGCCACCUUGAGCUGGUGGGGGUGAGUAUCCGUGGUGGAGCCCAGCAGCAUCCUGCUGCCUCUGCAGGGAUCCUCUUGGGCAGCGGAGAGUUUUCCCCACCCCCAGCUCUGCCGCUGCCUCUUUGUUUUCUGGCAGAAGCCUCUGUGCCUUUUCAUUGCCGUUGAGGCGCCGAGCAGGAGCCUACAUGUGCCGUGUGCGCGUCUCGCCGGGAACGUGAUGCGGGCUGGCAAGCCCGCUGGGCAUCUCCCUCGCAGGGCUGCAGAGGCCAGCUGGCAGCUUCAGGGGUCUCCUUUCCAUGGGCUGUUCCUCCGGUCGAGCAAGGCUUCGAGGCCGCUGGUUUCCUACACAAAACCCUCUUUUGCAUUGGCAGCGUUUCUGCACCUUGCCACAAGUGGAGCAUCAAAGCUGCAGUGCCGGUGGAUUAUGACUGCAGGGGAGCUGUGUUGCAUCUGCAAAUCUCCAUCAUACAUCAAGGGCACAUCUGAGCAGAGCCGCUGUGCAGACUGAAGAGCUGGCGAGGACGGUGCAGAGGUUUGGAGGCACACCGUGAUGGUGGGAGCCAUUCCACGGCAGCCACGCCGCUUCUGGGGGGUGCCUGACUGGCAGGUGUCUUCAGCUAGUUGUGCCAACGACCGCCCGCUGUGGGACAGGGAAACUGAUCCGGAGCAAAGCAGGGUUCUGCUGCAGAGGGACGAUGCACUGCAGUCCACCCUGUAGUGGAGAGCUCACCCGGACGUCCUGAGUGAGGUGGGGUCCUGCCCUCUCGCGCUGACCUGUGGCACUUUACAGUUCCCCUCCUGCUGCUGCAUGGGCUGUUCUGACUCCGGCUGCACUCGGAGUCCAGGCGAGUAAGGCUCCAUGCGGCACAUCCACGCGGAGACGUCCCUGCCCCCAGAGCGCGGCACGGACCCCAGCCUGUCCCAGCCCAGCGGAGAGGCACCCUUGGAGCCUUCCUCGCAGCACUGCAGCCACCGCAACAUCCUCAUGGGCUACAACGAGACAGAGAUCAAGCGCCAGAAGGUUUACCAGGUGUCCAUCUUCUCCCACCUCUCCAGCUCCUCCGAGAGCACGGAGCAGCGGGCAGGCAGCCGGCUGGCUGUGAAGAGGGGUUACCCCGAGCCGCGAACUCCAGAGGCGGGGCGAGAUCCCAAACGAACUCACUGGGGUGGCGGGGGGGUGGAUGGCAAGCGCGACGGGGGCCCUGGGCAGGCUCCCCUGGAUGACGAUGAUACUUUCGAGGAUGGUCUGCUGGUGGAGGAGCUAUCCCUGUGUGGCUCUGCCCAGCACUUCUCCCACAGCGGGCUGCGGGUGGUGGAGCACCGGUGUGAGGGCAGCCCUAGCCACAGCCCCAAGGUCAGCAGAGAGAAGUUGCAGGAUGUGUCCUCCUCCGCCUCCUCCUCCUGGCCCCAGCACAUUGCUUGCUGUACUUUGCACACGAGAGACGGUUGCUCUGUCUCACCAGGGGAUCAGCCCACAGACUGUGGGAAGAAUGGGGAGCAGGCACAUGACGACAACUCACUUCACCUUGAUUUGCACAAUAUUGCACAAACAGCUCAGCUGGACUCUGGUGGGAAGGGAGAGAAGCCAGGGAGCAGCCCACCUCACAGCAGUAGGGCUAGUGGAGAAGAAGAAUGGCCAGCAGUGGCCAAUGGCUGUAAGGAGCCCCCGGCUCUGCAGACAGCACUCAGCCCUGAGCCCAGCAACCUGAGCUCCCUGGAGAAGACGCCCUGUGGGAGCAGCCAGCUCGGCAGCAGCAGCUGUCCGGCCAAAAGGAAGCUGCUGCCCGCUGGCGAGGCUGUGGCCGACUCCUGCUCUGAGGAUGAGGGCCUGUCCCCUCCAGCAAGGAAGAAGAGGGCCUUGCCAUGCCAUCCAGUGCCCACAGCCUGCCGCAGCACUGAUGCCAAGGGGGCCCCGUUCUGGAAUCACCUGCUUCCCACGGCCAAGAGCUCUGCAGAUUGCACCACGGUCGGGAGGAGGCUGAAGAGUGGGCUGCGCCUCAAAUCGCGACAUCUCCGGAGCAGUCUCCGCAGGGGCACCAGGUCCUCUGCAGCGCCCUGGGCAACCACGACCAUCAGCCAUGCUCUGCUGGGCAACUUUGAGGAGUCCAUCCUGAAAGGGCGCUUCGCACCGUCGGGGAGGAUCGAGGGGUUCACAGCAGAGAUCGGUGCCAGUGGCUCCUACUGCCCCCAGCAUGUCACCCUGCCUGUCGACGUCACCUACUUUGACAUCUCCGAACACAGUGCACCCUCUCCUUUCCUGGGAGUGAUUGACUUGGAGGCCUUGGGAAAGAAGGGUUACAGUGUGCCCAAAGCUGGAACCAUCCAAGUGACCUUAUUUAACCCCAACAAGACUGUGGUGAAGAUGUUCUUGGUGACGUACGACUUCCAGGACAUGCCAGCCAACCACAUGACCUUCCUACGCCAUCGCAUCUUCCUGGUGCCUGUGGGGGAGGAGGAAGGGGCCACCAUGGUGCCCAGCAACCCAGUGGGCACGGGCCCACCCCGCAGGGUCCUCUGCUACCUGAUGCACCUGAGGUUUCACAGCUCUAAGUCGGGGAAGAUCUACCUUCAUGACGACAUUCGGCUGCUUUUCUCCCGCAAGUCGAUCGAGGUCGACUCGGGGAUCCCCUAUGAACUGAAAUCCUUCACGGAGAUGCCGAGGAACCCCUGCUACUCACCCUGGGCCUGACCCCCAUUCCACAGGGCCCCCGGCGAGCCUCCAGCCCAGCGCUUUGGGGAUAGAUGAGCAAAGUGCCAGCGAGUAGACACCACUCAGAAGCGUUGCACCCCCCACGUGCCCUCAUAUUCCUGAGCAGCACGGAUGCCCGUGCGCUGCGGCAGGACUGGGGUCGCCGAGGGAGCUUCACCAGGAGAGGCUGGGGCUGGGGAUCAACCCUGGUGCUCCAGGGAUAUGCCCAAGCCUUCUACUGAUGCUGCUCCCACCUUGGAGACUUGGCUGGACCUGGGUGGGGGGAUUGAAGAGUUGGGCCAGGGUCUCUGGGUAAUGCUACCCAUGCUUGCCCUGGGGUUGGGAGCAGAAAGUUGGGGAGAAUUUGUAUUUAUUAGUAUUUAUUGUUGCUGGGAGCGCAGAGGAGGCUUGUGUGGAGGAUUGGAGAUGCUGUGCUGUUCUUCUCCCCCAACCCUGUGGGUGCUGGAUGAAGCCCCCAGCAGCGUGGGGCUGCUUGGGUUGGGGCAGGGCUGUGGGGACCGCGAGGGUGACUGGGGAUGGGGACACCUUAGGCCGCCAAAGAGGGUGACCUGCCUCAUCCAGGGUGCAGCUCCUGGGCUGGGGCCCUGAUAAAAACCCUGGGAGAGGCCGAGGUUUCCUGGGCACCAGCUCUGUGGAUCAGCUGCACUUCAGGCAGCCUGAGGAGGCCUGGACUUGCCCUCCCACCCCCUGAGGGCAAGCCAGACCCCAAGAAGUCUGCGACUGGCAGGAAAGUGGCUAUUGCCACAGGUCCUGGGGCUGAGAGAGGUGGCUGUCCCAUGGGUGGAGACCUGGGGCUCUCAGCAGGAGCCCCCGGACCCCACAUGUGCUGUGGAUCUGAGAGAAAGUGGCGAUUCCUAAAAAUCAGAGCCUUCCACAGCCUGUGUGUGUGGGCUCAAUCCCGCCGCCGAGGCAGCUUCGGGCAGGUGCUCUGGUGCCGGAGGAAGCGCAGGAGCCCUGCCUGGGAAGAGGGGAAUCGGGAGAGGACACCAAAGGGGAGUCGGGCUGGACAUUCGGGCUGGGGCUGGGGGGUGGUGGGGCGCAAUGCCCCGCCGCGUUGCAGCCCGGGGAGAUGCGGGCCGAGCCCGUGGGGGUCGGAGGGGUGAGAGGAGCACGGAAAAACGAGCUGGCACGUCCCCUGCCUGCAUCAGCCCAGCCCCGAGGGCUCUGCCGGGCUCCUGGUGCCGGUUUGGGCUGCGGGAGCCCCGGCCCCUCCCUGCGAUGGGGAGAACAGAGGCGGACAGGUCCCCAGCCCAUCACACACCAGGCUGGGCCGGGCACAGCCCCGGGGCUCCCGGGCUCGACGUCACCUGAACCGAACGCAGCCCGCGUUCGCGCCGCUGUCCCGGAUCCCCGGCUGUCCGAGCCGGCCCCGCCGCACCGGGGCGGGAGGGCGCGGGGUCCCGCUCUCCCGUGCGCGGGGGCGGCCCAGAGGCUCCGUACGCCGCGAUGUGGGGCGGGAACCCGCUCAGACCCACACCGGGGUCCCGCUCCCCUCACAGGCACCCGUGUCCAGCGCCGUGUCCCGGGGCUCCCCCGAGCCGCGUCCCGGCGGGGGCGGGGAGGCUGUACCGGUACUUUUCGUGUUUGUUUCCAAUUUAAUAAACUCCCGUUCGGAGCUCCA